UAUAAUAAAUAAAUUAAAUAGAAAGUACACAGAAACACAAACACAAAAUCACACCAUAACUUUACUAACUUAUUUACUUUUUCUAUUAUUUGUAAUGAAUAACAAAUAGUAACUACAAGAAAAUUCCAUUUAGACUAUUUCACGAGACGUUCAGAGCAGACUAACUUUUUGAACAAUGUUUUGACAUGAAGCAAUGCACACUGUUUAUCCAUAGCAACAUAAAUAUCAGCUAAUCAACUGUAUUCCUUGUGAAAUGGUAUAUAUAACAGAAUGUUCACACUAUUACAGAAUAAUCGCGCAACGUUCGAACAAGAUCCCAAAUUCAGUCUAAAAAUUCUAAAAAUGUUGUUUCCUAUCUUGGACAAAGGUAUCGUACCAGACAAAAAUGGUUUAAGUUUUAUUACAAGAGUUGCUUGUAAACAGAUGGAAAGAGAAAUAGAAGAAAAUCAAAAGUAUCGUUCUACGAAUCAACAGCAUAAACUAGUUAAGAAAUAGUGAAACUGUUUCCACAGUUAAUGAACACUCGAGUAACUGCUGCUGCACCUGAUGAGUCUUGCUUUUUCUGGCGUAAUGGGGGCAAAGAAAAAGGACCGCACACCGGAUUAAUUUGUAACCGAAUUCGAAAUAUAAUUCGCCAACUACCAGCAGAACAUCAUAAGUACAACCGAGGUCAGAUAUCACACAUUGAAUGUGUUUCAACUGAGCUCGUAGGGCGCGCACAGCUUCUCAAAGUGCUGGAUGCAUCAGCUUCUGAAGCUGACCAAAUCUGCAAAGAAAUGGAACUCUGUUUUCCACUUUACAAAUUGUUGUUAAAAGAGAAGAAAUCCGGCACAGAAAUCCUCGAAGUAUUUCCGCACUUGCAGUCAUACGACGGAUUGUUGAUUAAGCAGUUUUAUGAACGACCUGAAGGCCUUAAAUUAGAGGAUGUCCUAUCCCAGGGUUUGGCACUUGCACCAACAAGGUUCACAACCGUAGAAGACGAUCACAUACGUGGUUGUCUUCGGAUCAUGUCACAAUUACCGAUAAGAGGACAAAAAAGAACAGUGGCUGGGAUAUCAACAAUUAAUGAGGAGCAUGUGGCAUCAGUUUUAGUACGAUGGAUUGGGACAUGUUUGGAGACAUACACGUUUUCCCCAGAAACAAAUUGCUCUCUUCAUAUGGUGUGUGCUGCAAGCCAAAUGAAAAAGGGGAAAUACGCCAUUAUUUCCGAUAGGAAAGUAAUAGCGGAAUCUCAAUUCCGUUCAGGCUCUGGACAUUUUUUUUCAAAUGCCACAAAACCAACAAAUUUAGAAAUGUUUCACGAUUUUCUGGCUUGUACGGUAUACAAAACUAUUUCGCAUAGCCAACGCACAUCAGUGAACAGAUUGGUCCAAACGUUCAUUGAAAUAUCCAGAGCACGUUGCCGUAACUCGUAAUUAUUAAAACCGAUUUUUCUUUUCUUAUUUUUAAUUUUUUUUCAAAUUUUCAUUUAAUAAAACUUUUAUAAUAAAAAUACUACUCGGAAGGUAAAAUACCAAGUGUUUGUACAUGAGACAUAACGUUGUGACUCCAUCUUAUUGUAACCGGUGUUACUAUUCUCUUCACGCUGUUAUCGCAUUCGUAACGAUGUUUAAAUUGGUUGGAUUAUUGAUUUAAAACUGAACGUGAAGAAAUUCAGUUACGGGUGACUUUCAGGUUCAAUAAAACAUCAUUGGAACUCAAGAAAUCAGCAAAAAUCAAAAGUAGUUUUCUUUUUAAUAGUUCAAAAUUCUGACACGGCGCAGGUUUUAAUUCUGAAAAUAUUCAAUUUUGAAUUCUAAAAAGUGAGUACUCUUGAGUGAAGAAAAUGAGUAAUU